CACCGCUCUUUCUACGGGCGGAGUAAUUUUUUUCUAUCGGACCCCUUUAUCCAUUGUAUACGGAAACCAGUCCCAAAUCCUAACAGGGGGCAGCGCCACCAUAUCUCCCCCCGGAUCAUUUGAAGCUGCGCCAUCAUUCACCACCACAUACUCAAUGCCGGACCAAACUGUCAUUCGCAGCAGGCUAUUUCAGGAAUUGAUCACUAAAUCACUUGGCUGUGAAGUUGUUCCAUCUGCAUCAGCCUUACCAUGGAUUUGGGUUGUGGAAGCACUUGCAAGCUCCAAUCAAGUUGAUGCAUCUCUUCUAAUUGAUUUGAUUAAGAGGAUUCCUGAAAUUUCUGAUGAUCUUGGGAAAAGUGCAAAAGAAAUGCUCUCGUUUGGAAUUUUACAGAAUAUGUUCAUUAAAAAAAUUUGGAAAACAGAUGAUACACUCUCAGGAGCAGGCUCUAAAAUCCAGUUGGAUCCAUCAGAGCGCUGUGAAGAUGUACUUCGUAAAAUAUUGCAUGAGGUAUCUGCAUCAAAUGUGAAAAUGGGCGGAACACAUAUGCUGAAAUGGGAUAUUCAAUCAUUUGUUGCCCAUAAAAGAUCUACAUUGCCACAAUGUGAUCUGUUACAACUGAAGGAUAUGAUUAUUAAUAGCAGUGAUCCUCAUCUUUCAAUCUUGAAAGAAAGAAGUGGUUUGUUAACUCCAAAUCAAUCUGGAAAUGCCUCUAAUGGUACUAUUGGACAUAUGUGUGGAGAGCAAAACUUCAAACCUCUAGUUGAAAAUGGAAACUCGGUAGCUUGUACCCAGGAUAAUGAGAAUAACAAGAGAGAAAUAUUGCAUGAUAGGGACCUCAUACCUGCCAAGAAGAGAAAAUGUGCUUCUGUUGACAAUCAGGGAAGAAAAAGCUCUGAGGAGAGAAUUCUAUUAGAUGACAAUUGUGAUGUUCCUUGUGCUAGUGGGGUCACAAAGAAGUGCAAACGGAGCACUGGUUCUGAUAAAGAUUGUGAACAUACUACAGAUUGUAUUGAAGAUGAAGGGUGCAAUUUGGAAAAUGUAUCCCAGGCUGGGGGCUUAGAAGGAAGUGGAUCAGAUGCAGCCUUGAAAGAUACUACCAAUGCUGAACUAAGAAAUUCAAAUCAUGCAAAACUGUCUUUGGUCCAAGAGAUUUCACACGCUAAUGAGACUGAAAGAAAAUCUCAUCAUAAUUUGUUGAACGGUGGGCCCACGAAUGAAGCUAGAGUUGGGGUUGAUGGUUUUCAUGAGCUAGAGUUGUGUAGUGACAGUGAUGAGUAUCAUGAAGAGAGAAUUGAUAUUGCAUCAAAGAAAACUAUGUUUUUGAGCUCUCAAUGCACACAUAGUCAGGAUUCUUUACUGACCACUGACUUGAGCGAGAUAAAUCUUUGCAUGAAGUGUAAUAGAGGUGGUGAAUUGUUGGUUUGUAGUUCUGAAGCUUGCCCAUUAGUUGUCCACGACGGCUGCUUGGGUUCUCCGCCCAGUUUUGAAAAGGAUGGAAAGUUUUACUGCCCGUUUUGUGCAUAUUGUCGAGCAAUUUCAGAGUACAUGGAACUAAAGAAGAAGGCUUCACUUGCACGGAAAGAUCUUGCAUCCUUCAUUGGUGUGCGAAUUGAACCACCAAGAAACUUCCCAACAAGGCCUAUUGGAUCAAAGACAAGUCAAUCAAUGCAAGAUGAAGAAUUGUGUGGAAAGGGUGAAGCAAAAAGCAGCAGAAUUUCUUUAAAUGAGGCUAAUUCCCCACAAUGUAGGGCUAAUACAGAAGAGAAGCAACAACAGCAGACAGUAUCAUCGGCUGGGGAUGGCCCCCCUUCAGAGUAUAAAAUGAUUUCAUCUACCAAUGCAAGCCCAGUUACUUUGGAAAAAGACUCUUCUUCAAAUGGGGAUGAUGACCAACAUCAUAAUGAGACACUUGCUAUUACAGUAUACAACAUGCAUGGCUUGCCACAUGGAGAUCCAAGGAGUAGCAACCAGAAUGAGCCUUCUUGUGAAGUUGAAGUAGAGAAGGAAAACAUGCCACAAAGGGUGAUCAGUUUGCAUCAUCAACCUGAACUCACCUCAGNCCCCCCCAAAUAAGUAUUUGUUUUUUUUACAUAUGAGAAAAAGAUUAGUUUGUCAUUUAUUUUUACGCUAGCUGGUGCUAUUUUGUGUGUAUAGCUACUUUCCAUAUGCCGGGAUAGCUGUCAUCGAGUUUCAGCUAUUCAUAAUCAAUUACUUCGUCCCAC